CCACUGACGGUGGUCCCUGUCUUUCCGCCGUGGGCUUUCAUAUAGUGUUCAUACUUCAUUUCGCAUGUAAUCACGCUCUUACAGUAUACCUCGUGCGAGGUUUUAACUGAAAGCAAUAAUGCAACUAUUCGCCCUUCCAGCGGCCAUCCUUUGGGCGAUCCUUUCCGAACCUUCUACCGCGACACAUUUCGAUACAUUUUCUCAAAAAACAUCCGCGACAACAUCAUCCGUAGCCGAUGAUUAUAAGGAAGCAUGUCCGGAUUACGUGAAAUAUUCUACAUAUCCCCACCGCCCGCUCAGCGAAGGUGUUAUGCAGCUUCCGUUUCAACGGCCUUCUACACAAUGUCGGACAUUUACAUCGCCACACGUCGAAAAGAUAAUUGGUGAUAUCACUUCUAAAAUGGUUGAUAAGGACCUUGCCAGGCUCUUUGAGAAUGCCUUUCCCAACACGCUAGAUACAACUGUUAGGUGGCAUGUUGAUGGGAUCGACAAGCUCAAACACAAUGAGUUCAAAGCCUGGCAUAAGACGAAAGGCGAUGGAGCUUGGGAAGGCGCUCAAAGCUUCAUUGUGACGGGGGAUAUCAAUGCUGAAUGGCUGCGAGAUUCCACCAAUCAAUUACUCCAAUACCAACCUUUGGCCCUCAAAGACCGAAAGAUAUUCAAUUUGAUACUUGGGGCUAUCAACACGCAAGCAGAAUAUGUUAUUCAGUCGCCUUAUUGUAAUGCAUUUCAGCCACCACCACCGAGCAAGUUGGCGGCAACCCAGAAUGGCCAAGAUGAUGCUGUCCACCCCGCUUUUGAACCUGGGGUUGUUUUCGAGUGCAAGUAUGAGCUAGAUUCCCUGGCACAUUUCUUAGCGCUAUCAAACACAUUUCACAAGUUUACUCGGUCGACGGACUUCUUAACUCCUCGAUGGUAUGAGGCUUUAGAUGCGCUCAUGGGAGUCAUCGAGGAGCAGUCUCAAUCCACCUUCAAUCCGACCUCGGGUCAGUUUGAGCCAAACAAGUAUCGAUUCUCUCGAAAAACCACCCAAGGAACGGAGACCUUACCGCUGUCUGGCCAAGGAAACCCCCUUAACCAUGGCACGGGUCUAGUCCGGUCUGCAUUCCGACCCUCUGAUGAUGCUACGAUUCUAGGUUUCUAUAUUCCGGCGAAUGCGAUGAUGGCUGUUGAGCUGAAACGCACAGCAGCUAUUUUACGCAAAGCGGGGAAAGGGCGUCAAGCACAGGUUAUUGAAAAGCGCGGACAGGCUAUUGCUGAUGGGGUUUGGGAACAUGGCGUUGUGAAGCAUAAAAAGUACGGCGAGGUUUUUGCCUACGAGGUUGACGGAUAUGGAUCCCAGAUCAUAAUGGAUGAUGCCAAUGUGCCGUCUCUUCUCGCACUGCCCAUACUAGGCUUUGUAGACGUCACGAAUACGGUAUAUCAAAACACGCGUAAGAUGCUGCUCGAGAGGUCCGGAAACCCAUACUAUCUGGAAGGGAGAGCAUUUAACGGCAUUGGCGGACCGCAUAUUGGCUUGGAGAAUGCCUGGCCGAUGAGUUUGUUGCUGCAAGUAAUGACAACGGAUAACGAUGAGGAGAUCAAAGAAUCUUUGGCGUUGGUCCUCAAAGCUAGCAGACUUGGUUUAGUUCACGAGAGCAUACACGUCAAUCGUAUACGAGACUACACAAGAAGUUGGUUUGCUUGGGCAAAUAGCGUCUUCGCGCAGACAAUUAUAGAUUUAGCGGAGAGGAAACCAGAGCUGAUUUUUGGUCCCGGAGCGCAGCCAUAUACGGUGAGCUAAACCAGGCCCCAAGAGAAGGAGCACGGUGGAUAGUGGCAUUUGAUGUAUAUAUAUCCAUUGCAGAGAAUCCAGGUUCGCUAUGGCUUGGUCUUGUGCUAUUAUAAAGUGUUCGUUGGAAAUUAUUAUUAUCACAACGAACCUAAAUACCCCUUUCGAGACUACGACCCGCGUCUAGUUUUUAGCCCAAGGAAGAAAUCAUAGGCUAUAUCGACUAGGAUCGACCGCAAAUUCGCCCGCCAAUCAUGUCUUCUUUGCGAAGAAAGCCAUUAUAUUGCCCUGUCCGGGUUUCCCUGCGGGUUUCUUCCCUUUCGGUCCACUAGAUGAGGAAGGAACUGAAGACUUCGCCUUGACAACCGGCUCAUCUUCCGAAAACGACUCCCAGCCGGGCUCCUCCUUCGUAACUAGAAGCUUGUUAGCUAUGUAAUUAAAAGCAAAG